AUGGCAUGGACAUUGGUCAUCUUGCUUGUACCUUUGCUGGUUGCCACGGUGACGGCGGACCUCCACACGGAUACCGGCCCGCCAGGGACGAGGUGCCAAGACUGGGACGAGUCGUGGUCCUGGGUCGUGCAUGUCCUGGAGGGUGAGGCGGCGUGGGUGCGGUGUCCCCUCUGGGGCCACCCGGCCCUCGACAACUCGUCACGCGACCUGACGUGUGGGCGUCUGAGCAAAGAGUACGACAGGUUGUGCUUUCAGCCGGCGGUGGCCGACGACUCGGGCUGCUACGCCUGCCUGCCACGGAACAGCGAUGAGGAGAAGUUUGUUCUGAGGACACUCCGCACAGUCCUGGAGAACCAUCUGGGUUACACGGUGUGCAUCUUUGACCGAGACAGCCUGCCAGGCGGGACCAUCACGGACGAGACUCUGAGCUUCGUGGCACGCAGUCGCCGCCUGCUGGUGGUGUUGGGCCCCGGCUACGCCCGGCAGGGCUCCCAGGCCCUGCUGGAGCUCAAGACACACACACACACACACACACAGUGUGACAUGCGGGCAGACCAAAAAAAAAAAAAAAUGUCCACACAAGGAUCACACAGAGCCACCCAAAGACAGAGCAAUGCUGAGACGUGCGCUUUGUGUUGCUCAGCGCCCCCUUUCCUUCCCAAAGAGCCCAGCGUGCUCCAACCGACAAGCGAGCACGUCUUCCACGUCAAACGAGGCUCGUCCGUGCGUCUGGUGUGCCGGGGACGCUUUCCCUACUUGGACCGGGACUCGGACUGGGCCAUCUGGUGGAGCGUGGACGGCAACGCGGUGGAGCGGCUGGCGGAUCCCCGUUUCUCCGCAAGCAACGGGCUGGUGAGCACCAAACACGGAGAUCGCAUCGAGGAGAGCGUCCUGCUGAUCCGGGACUUUGGCUCCGAGGACCUGGGCAAGACCUACAACUGCUCCGUGAAGAACCGGCGAGGAUUCCAGACGCGCAGGGCGCAGCUCCAGGAGGAAGCAUGGGUGCCGUGGUUGGAGGUGGGCUGCGGUCUGUCCCUGAUCCUGGCGCUGUCGCUGGCCGUCUCGGCGCUCUACAGCGUCUUCCGGCUGGAGCUGCUGCUGCUCUACAGGUCCCGCUUCGGCGCCGACGAGCGGCACACGGACGACAAGGAGUUCGAUGUGUACAUCUCAUACGCCAGGAACAGCGAUGAGGAGAAGUUUGUUCUGAGGACACUCCGCACAGUCCUGGAGAACCAUCUGGGUUACACGGUGUGCAUCUUUGACCGAGACAGCCUGCCAGGCGGGACCAUCACGGACGAGACUCUGAGCUUCGUGGCACGCAGUCGCCGCCUGCUGGUGGUGUUGGGCCCCGGCUACGCCCGGCAGGGCUCCCAGGCCCUGCUGGAGCUCAAGGCGGGCAUGGACGGCCUGGCCGGCGGCCACCUGCGCCUCAUCCUGGUCCAGUACAAGCGCGUGCGGCGGCGGGAGUGGGUGCGCGAGCUGAGGCGGGCGCGCGUGGCCCUGGCCGUGGUGAGCUGGCAGGGCGAGCCGUCGCGGGAGAUGACGUCGCGCUUCUGGAAGAAGCUGAGGCUGGAGCUGCCCGUCAGGAGGAUGCCCGGCACCCGCGCGGGGCACGGGGAGAGCGACGCCGAGGCGGGGCUCAUGAGCCCGCCCGCCGGCCACCGGGCUCCUCUCGACCUCAAAGGCUCGUGAACGCCCGUCCGCUGGUUUUCAAAAUGGCUUUUUCUUCACACGGCUGACUUUGGGGGAGAGGCGGCGUGCACCCUGGAGUAGUCGCUCCACAAAUGAACUGGUCGCCCAGAUGGGAAAACCAAACCUCACAACUGUGAGGCGGAUGUUCUCACUACCGGGCUGCACCGUGCAGGGAAAUGUACGAUAUGGGUGUUGACUCUUGUCUUUAUUUUGUCGUGUGGCAAAAUGAUCAGGCCUUUUU